AUGGCCAAGCUUAUUACCGUUUUCGGCGCUACCGGCCAACAGGGUGGCUCUGUGAUUCGUGCUAUUUUGCAGGAUGAUACUCUAUCCAAAGAUUUCAAGAUCCGCGGUAUCACUCGUGAUACUUCGAAGUCGGCAGCUCAGGCUCUUUUGAAGCAGGGAGUUGAGCUCACUUCCGCUGAUAUGAACUCCAAGGAGUCAUUGAUCAAAGCUAUCCAAGGAAGCCACUCGGUCUUCCUCGUCACUACUCCGGCCUGGGGUGUCACUGAUUCCGAUGCUGAGCUCGUGCACGGCAAAAAUGUCGCCGAUGUCGCCAAAGAGGCUGGUGUACAGCAUCUCAUCUUCUCUUCUCUGCUUGACGUCACCAAGGAAUCAGGCGGACGACUCAAGCAUGUCCCUCACUUUGAUCAGAAGGCACAUGUUGAGCAGUACAUUCGGUCGAUCGGUAUCCCCGCUACAUUUGUCUUGCCAGGUUAUUUCAUGACCAACUACACUUCAUUCGGAAUGCUGCGCAAAGGUGACGAUGGUGUCUAUACUUUGGCUUACCCUGUUAGCAAAGAUGCCCAGUUCCCACUUGUCGAUAUCGCAAGUGAUCUUGGCAAAUAUGUCGCAGCUGCCUUGCGAAACCGUUCCGAGUCACUUGGCGCCCAGCUGUUCGCCGCAGCGGACUACUACACUCCCACUCGCAUUCUUGCCGAGUUUGAGGAGGUUACUGGAGAGAAGACGCGAUUUGUGCAGGUGGACUCUGAAACUUAUAAGAGCUUCAUCCCUGGACCUAUGGGUGAGGAGAUGUUGGAGAAUCACCUGUUCAUCGAGAGCCCUGGCUAUUACAAGGGUCAAAGCCUGAAGGAGAGCCAUGAUUUCCUUGAAAAGUUUGGUUUCCAAACCAGAACCUGGAAGGCUUACUUGGAAGAGAACAAGUCCUCGUUUUAA